AUGUUUCUGGCAUAUCUGAGCCGUCUAGUGUUCACGUCGAUGGCGACGGUCGCUUUGACCUUCGAGGCUGUGCCAUGGAUGCGUGAGGCAUUCAUAAAGUACGGCAAGACACGGCCUGUUGCAAAGACAGACCCCACCAGUCUUCUCGGCCGGUUCGCCCGCGCAACAGUAUCCAAGAACAUGUUUGCCCAGUUCUAUGCAAUCGGCGUUAUUGUCAGCGCAGCGCUGACCGCGGACUUUUCCAACUGGUACCAGUUCAAAGCCCAGCAGGCCAUGGACGCUGCGCCCGAGCGCUUUUACUUCCGAUUCUACAUGCAGCUUGAGUAUUGGCUGCUUGGCGCGACACGCGAGUCAUUCAUUGAUGCCCCGACAUCAGCACUGCUGCUAGCCAUGGGCAUGUACAAUCUGCAUGUCAUUCUGCGGCUCUACGAGACAGUGUACCAUCAGCCAGCAACCAAGGCGCAGAUGCACGUCGGGCAUUACCUGGUGGGUCUGGUGCACUAUGUGUUUGCUCCGCUUGGGAUCAUCAGCGAUGCCAUUUACACGCCCGGGUGGGUGCCGGCAAACGCAUACCUGGUGUUGACUGGAAUGGCCGUGUUUGCAUAUGCAUCGAUCCACCAGUGGCGAUGCCACCAUAUCUUGUACAAGCUGCGGUUCCAGUCGUUGCGCGAGGAGCGAGAGCGCAGAGAAAGAGAGGCAGAGGCAGAGACAUCGGCGAAGGAGGCCAAUGUGCAGGCGGCGUACGUGAUUCCGACUGGCGACUUGUUCCGCUAUGUAUCGUCUCCGCACUACCUGUGCGAGAUCCUUGUGUAUAUUGCACUCUGGCUGGUGACCUCGUGCCAGAGCACCACCAUCCUGAUCAUGACCAUAUGGAGCGCUUCUCAGAAAUGGUACAAGUCCACGUUUGGCGACAAGUUCCCGCGCAACCGGCGGGCGCUGAUUCCCUUCGUCUGGUAG